AUGUUUAACAAUUCAGAUAACAAAGUUCCCGUUGUGGCCAACUCCAGGUACGCUGGUCACGGGUUUACUGAGGAAGGCGCCAAUAACGAUUCUCGCGGCGAUGAAACGGUUCAUGCUCAUCAAGUCUAUCAGUAUUAUGAUUCGAACAAUGAAACUUUUGGCUAUUCCACUGGAACCGGUGAGCUUGAGAGACUAUUGAGUCCUUCCGACGCAGCCAACCUCUCCUAUUACCCAGAUGACAAUGCUUCGAAGAUGAACAAGCUGAGUCAGCUCUACAGGAGGAGUUUUGGCUUCUCGGCGCCCUACGAUACCGCAAAUACACCUCAGCUCGCAGAUUCCGCUGCAUCAAACACAUACCCGGCAGACUUCAACUUUCGGUAUAACACAACUCCUCAGUACGCUUCAAAUUUCGUGAGGAAUGUUCAGCACAAGGGAUCUGAAAUGUUAACGUCCCUUUUCCACACCAUUAAAUCGAUCUUUAUCAAUGCCCUGGGCAUGGCCCUGGGAGUGUUUUUGACCAUGUUGUUUGUAUCACUACUCUACUAUAUAUUCAUUGACGACAAUAAAAUUAAUAAGUUUAAAAACGACUAUAAGAAGAAAAGUGCGCCUCCAGCUCCAAAACCUGAAGUUAAGAAGACGGCGCCUCCGCCUCCUAAACCGGAAUUGGUGUUUGAGCCAGUGUAUUUUAAGGAUGUUUUGGGGAUCGAUGAGGCGAAAGAGGACAUAAUGGAGGUGGUUAAAUUUAUAAAGAAGCCUUACCUGUAUAAAAAGGUUGGAGCAAAGGUGCCGAAGGGGAUUCUACUCGUAGGUGCGCCCGGGACCGGUAAGACAAUGCUUGCGAAAGCAGUAGCCACAGUGAUUGAAAAUCAGUGCAAACGAGUAACAAACGCUUUAGAAACCGGAAUACCGUUUAUAUACACAAGUGGGCCUGAAUUUAUUGAGAUUUACGUUGGCCAGGGAGCACAGAGGAUACGGGCGCUGUUUCAGAAGGCGAGGUCGCUGGCGCCAUGCAUAAUAUUCAUCGACGAAAUAGACGCAGUGGGAGGGAAGAGAGCAAGCGGAUCAUUUAGCGGACAGAACAGAGAGCACGAUCAGACGCUGAACCAACUGUUGGUGGAGAUGGACGGGUUCAACGUGUCGAGUGGAAUCACAAUACUCGCAGCAACUAACAGAAUGAACAUACUGGACAAGGCGCUCCUGAGGCCAGGAAGGUUCGACAGAGUAGUGCACAUUCCGCUUCCGAGCAUCAAGGGGCGCGAGCAGAUACUGAACCACUACCUCCAGAAAGUCAACUACGACAAGAAUAACAUAAACGUCAAGGACCUCGCAAAAAUCACACCCGGCUACUCAGGAGCCGACCUGAAGAACCUAAUCAACGAAGCGGCGCUGAUAACAGUUAAACAAGAUCGAACGACAGUUGGAUUGAGUGACUUGUACGAAGCGAGGGAUAAGAUAAUCAUGGGCAACAAGAGGAACCUGCUGAUGCCGGACAUGGAAAGGAGGAUGACGGCGUACCACGAGGCUGGCCACGCGCUGGUGGCCUACUACCUCUACCCGAACACGGACCCGAUCCACAAGGCGACCAUCAUCACGAGGGGCACGGCGCUGGGCUUCGUGGAGCAGCUGCCCAACGACGAGUACGACAAGAGCAGCUACAAGCUGAUCGAGAUGAAGUCGCGCCUGGCGGUGUGCAUGGCGGGGAGGCUGGCUGAGAAGUUGGUCUUCGGCUACGACAACAUGACCUCGGGCGCCUCCUCCGACAUCAUCGUGGCCACGGACCUGGCCUACAAGAUGAUAACGCAGUACGGCAUGUCGGACAAGCUCGCCUCGCUCAACUUCCACAACCUGAACACGCUGAACAGUAAGCUCAGCAGCGAACUGAACGUCAAAAUAGAGAACGAGAUCAUCAAGCUCGUGAAGGAGGCUGAGCGCCUGGCCGAGUCGAUUCUGAGGACGCAUCGCAAGCAGUUGGAGCUGCUGGCCAGUGAGCUGCUCAAGCACGAGACGCUGACGGGGGACCAGAUUGCAACGCUCAUAAAGACGAACAAGGCUCUGGAGUUGGAGCCACGGCCCGUUGCGGAGGGUAACCACGGCGUCGUCGACGAAAGCACCCCUGAUGGUGCUGUCGACAGCGCCAAGGGCCCUGGCAACAAUACUGACAGUACCACCACCCAUGACAGCGGUGGCUCUGCCACUAGUAACACUGACAACUCUUCAGACAACACACACAGUGACGACACACCCACGGCCGAUGGCAGUUCUGUCGAUGAUACAGACUUGGACAAAAAGUAA